CAGGGGCCAAGAUAUAUGUCAACAGAGACUCAUGCAAGAUAUCAUGCAAUGCCCAAUAUGCAAAGUAAGUUUCUGAAUAGCUCUAGCUAUAGCAGUUCUAAAUUGUUCUUCCUAGAAGCCCAGUAUAUAAGGAUCAUCUCUUAUUGAUCCAGUGUUACUACAGGAGGAAAACUAAACUAAACUAACUUCAUUUAUACUGGAUAGCUCUCACAGUUCUAAACUGUUCUUCCUAGAGGUCGAGUAAGAGUCAUUUGUGUCUGAUCUGUCGAUUAUACUUGAUUGAUUUUAACUACAGGGGUAUGCUCCUCCAGAAAAAAUCGAGAUCUAGAAUCUCUAAAAUGGCAUUUCCUCCAUUGUGAGGAAGAUUUCAAAUGACUACCUCAACGAUUGAAACUGAUCGUAAACGCCCACAGCAACUGUUUCCAGUUACGACCGCUGUAAAAAAUCAACCCGUCUGCAUUUAUAAGGCUGCAUGUUGGGUUGUUUUGAAUUUUUAAAUUACCCGCUACGAGUCGAUAGAGCACAUUUUCACUGAAGAUAUUUAGCUGUGACUUUUUGAAGUAGUAAGUUUUAUAUUUAAUUAAAUUGAAACGGUAUGAACACUAAUCAACUUUACUUUUAAGUUAACACUUCAAGAAAGACUGUUGGUCGAAAAGAAGGAUCUGGUUUCACACAUGCGUACAACGACGAGCCGAUUACACAUCGACCAAAAGAUGCUUACGACAGUUCGUAUCAGGUGACACUUCCUAGCAAUUCUCUCGCAACUUAUGUCACUAAGUUUAAAGCUGGUUUACACUAUCAAAGUUUCUGUGAUCACGGUAGGAAUCUCCAGGGUGCAAUAAUUCAAGAUUAUAGUCGUACUUGACUGGUACGCCAAUUGUUGUUGCCGCAUACCUGCGCUAGAACAAACUCAGUACUCAAUGUGUACUAAGUCAUUUAAAUAAGGUUAAUUAUACAGAUUUCUGAAAAGUAUGUUCAGACUACGAGGUAGAAAAAGAAGCAUAAUUGCAUACACAAACAAUCGACUCCAACGUUUCUUAGUGCCAUCAGUGCAAUCAUGUUUCAUGCCAAGACAUCUCAGACACAUGAUAUACCAACUAAAUUACGGUAUUGAAUACCUUGGACUUGGAAAGGUCAUGUGGUACCAGCAAAAAGUAAGUACGCAGAUAGCAAGAGUUCCGCGUACCUACGUGGUACUUGGCUGAAAACAAAGAAGUACCAGACCGUAAUAUUGGCGUACCUCCGGUAUGUAAGUACGCGAAUUAUCGCACCCUGAAUUUUGCAACGGAAUUUUGAAGGAUUUGCAAGAAAUGUUUGAGGGAACUGGCUUGUGUUUAACACUGAAUCGGUUCAUUCAAACCUUUCUUACAAAUCCUUUAAAACUUAGAAUUAAACCGAUGCAAAAUUCCUACUGUGAUCACAGAAACUUUGAUAGUGUAAAUGAGCUUCAAGAGUUCUUCGCUCAUGUCAUAAAUAUGAUUCUGUUCCUCUUAGCUUAUUUCGUUAUCAAGACCAACAGGAAUGAGUGUGAUGAAAACAUCGUUUUUGCCUUCCGUGUUUUGUGAUGUAAGUAAACUAUAGCCAAGAAACAUUGUGCGCUAACCAUGUUUCCCAAAGGUGGACAAGCCAGAAAAAUAUUGCCGGAAACAUUCCCAUGUGAAGCUAAUGCUUGCACGUGGUAUUUCUAAGAACAAACGCACUAAGUCUUGUGUUUCUGAAAUAGUGAAUUUGUUUCUGAAACUCAUUAAUUCAUGAAGAAACACAAAUGAAGAAGGUCUGUAUAAAAAAUUUAGUCGAAGCCAGAAUGGGCAAUUCCAGCUAUAGAUUAAAUUUUGAUCUAGGCAAGAAGAACAAAAUCCAUCGCCACAGCUAGAAAGGGCAUGUUAAAAUUAGUAAAGUUCCAAAGUUUGGCCGCGAAAUGUUGUAAAAUGAGGAGAAUAUACAGUAGCCCUGCGAAAUUUGCUAAUUUUGUAUUAAUUUGUAUUACGCGCGGGAAAAUGCACUACAUUUGGGCCGAAAGUGGUGCAAAUUCCCGUGCGUAUAAUACACAAAUUAAUACAAAAUUUGCAAAUUUCGCAGGGCUAUAUAUUUUCCUCAUUUUACAACAUUUCGCGGCCAAACUUUGCAAUUUUAUACUAAUUUUUACAUGCUCUUUCUAGCUGUGGUGAUGGAUUUUGUUCGUGUUUUCCCGUAAUUUAUUUGUUUGCAAAUAUAGCGCCCCAUAUUUCUCAAGAUUUUGUUGAAAUCCCAAUCGAUAUUGAAAAAUAAUAAAUAAUUGAAGCUGGGUCUUGUAGAUGGAACUUAUCGAGUGGAAAUUUAUAUACAUUUACUAGACUGUUUCCAGUUGAUUGCGACAUUUCCCUAUUUCCCCUUAUAAAGAUCUGAGCAAGCUUUGGUUUGUUUUGAAAAUGACUCUGAAAUAGAGUCGAAGUGUCCAUAAUUUGUGUCUUGGUUUCUUUAAAUACAUGUAGCUCAUAUCUUGAGUGUAAAACAUGGCAUUAUUAUUAGGAGUAUGUUUUUUCCUGAUAUUUCUUAUAUUUUAUUUUAUACCAGGGCAAAGAACGGUUGCCGAUUUUACCUCGAAAUGCAGAGCGCACAACUGGAUUCACAAGAGAAGCCAUGGGCAAGCCUGCAUUUUAUUUGCCCAACAAGGAAAAGGUUUGCACCUACAGUAUAAUAAAGCUUUGUAGGUGAAAAUUUCCGCGAAGCUCUAUGUUUACAAUUGCGACCUGAAGCCGCGUAUGAAUUCAUUUGUUUUGAUUUCUGAAAACAGCACGGUUUAUUCAUUUGGCAAAGCCUCCGUCCGCUAGCCCGGCACUAUAUCAGGGGGAUCCAUCCAAAAUUUUGAAAAUCAGGUGUCCCUCAUUGGCUAAAUUAAAAUGCAUUUGCCCUACAACAUUUGUCACAUCAUUCUAUAGUCCAUACAUUUAUACACUAUCCCACUAUUAAGAUGAAUGUGCAGCACUUUCUAUUGCUUAGAAUUUUCCUGUGAAGUUCUUCUUUUAUCUAAAUUAUUACAAUUAUCAAAGGUCGUAGGUUCGAUUCCCACCGUGGCCAGGCAUAUUUUUCAAGCUUGCCCGGUGUGGAUAUACACUCAGAGUAACAUCACAAACAUCAUAUUCACCUGAGUACAUAACACCAAUGUUCACAGAAAAAAAUCAUAACUAUCUAUAUUUUUCUUUUCUUGGGGAAAUAUUUUCUGGGAACUUUUACACUUUUCCGCCCCUGCAUGGUAAAAUGGUAAAUUACUUUAAAUCGUGGGAAUUUCACUCGACAGAACAAAAUGGAUUUUUUUUUAAUGGGUGGUAUCUUAAAAACAUCAACGGCUUCAAAAACUUGUACAUAAAGAAAUAUAUACAAGUUUUUGAAGCCCUUGAUGUUUUUAAGAUAUCACCCUUAUAUUGUACGUAAUACCUCGGAGUGUAAUAUGCAUAAAACACUGACCUGUUUCUUCUCAUCAGUUCCAAUAAUUUUUUUUCAGGUUUUCACAGAAUUGAACGAUAUCCCAUCUUUGGUUCAGGAUCGCAUCAAGAAAGAACAUCCAACAGAAUACUUGAAUUUGACCAACCCCAAUAACAAAUCCAGGUUGAUAUUGGUAGCGUUCUAAAACAAAACAACAUACUAUACUGAAACAUCUAUUACGAAACCAACUAUACUUCAUCAGUUCUAAACUGUUCUCCCUGGAGGUCCAGUAAGAGUAAUCUCUUAUUGAUCUAGUGUUAUUACAAUAGGAAACCUAAACUAAACUAACUUUAUUUAUCCUGGAUAGCUCUAUCAGUUCUAAACUGUUCUUCCUAGAGAUCCAGUAAGGAUCCUCUCUUAUUGAUCCAGUGUUACUACAGGAGAAAACCUAAACUAAACUAACUUUAUUUAUACUGGAUAGCUCUAUCAGUUCUAAACUGUUCUUCCUAGAGAUCCAGUAAGGAUCAUCUCUUAUUGACCCAGUGUUACUGCAGGAGGAAACCUAAACUAACAUUACUUAUACUGGAUAGCUCUAUCAGUUCUAAACGUUCUCCCUAACACAUUCAAUUCCGUUCUAUAGUAUCACAAGCAAAACCUUCACAGGCCUACAACAGAACCACCCGAGUUUAGCGCAGCGCCUUGCCAACAGCAAUAUAGGAAGCAAGGUAAGUUUAUGAGAAGAAAUAAAUUAAAAUCCAACUUCUAUUAAAAUUAAAGUUUUUCUCUUUCGCUGUUUGUUUUUUUUAGGAACUAACAGGUUUCACAGAGAAUAACUGUCAGUAUGUUGAACAUUUUGAAACACCAGAAACACUGAGUCGCUUUAAGACACAUUAUGACUCGCAGUAAGUAUCAUGCAGACGUAGUACAUGUUCUUGAAUGUAGGCUACCUUAAAGUGAUCUGAUGUUGUACAGAACUCAUGUGAGUAAAGUUACGUCUCUCUGAGUUAAGCAUGGUUAGAUCAUGCAGAGGUAGUACAUGCUCUUGAAUGUAGAUUACCUUAAAGUGAACUGAUGUUGUACAGAACUCGUGUGAGUAUAGAGUUAAGUCUUUCUGAGUUAAGCAUGGUUAGAUCAUGCAGAGGUAGUACAUGUUCUUGAAUGUGGGUUACCUUAAAGUGAUCUGAUGUUGUACAGAACUCAUGUGAGUAUAGAGUUAAGUCUCUCUGAGUUAAGCAUGGUUAGAUCAUGCAGAGGUAGUACAUGUUCUUGAAUGUAGGUUACCUUAAAGUGAACUGAUGUUGUACAGAACUCAUGUGAGUAUAGAGUUAAGUCUUUCUGAGUUAAGCAUGGUUAGAUCAUGCAGAGGUAGUACAUGUUCUUGAAUGUGGGUUACCUUAAAGUGAUCUGAUGUUGUACAGAACUCAUGUGAGUAUAGAGUUAAGUCUCUCUGAGUUAAGCAUGGUUAGAUCAUGCAGACUGGGGUAGUACAUGUUCUUGAAUUAGCGCUUGUAAGGAUUUUAUUUUAUAUUUUUUCGAUACAAACUCUAUCUAUUCUACUGAGUAUCACUUCUUCUCGCUAGAUUCCAGGACAGAAAUCCGACAGGAGAAGCUCGGCUAGGCCGGACAGCCGGUCAUGUGAUGCCGUUACCACUCGACGGUUUCACCAAAUCUACCAAGGUGGAUAAUUUCGGUCCACAGUUCAACACGACGAAACAAAUACAAAACUUGCAGCCUUAUGUUGCCAGGUAAUUCUUAUUUAUGACACUAUUUAUCAGUGCCCAUUCAGCGCUAAACUGUUCUCAAACCCCGGUCAUGGAUUUAAACGGAUAAACCUAUCCUGUAUAAAUUAAGCUUAGGUUUCCUCUUGUAGUAACACUGGAUCAAUAAGAGAUGAUCCUUACUGGACCUCUAGGAAGAACAGUUUAGAACUGAUAGAGCUAUCCAGUAUAAAUAAAGUUAGUUUAGUUUAGGUUUCCUCCUGUAGUAACACUGGAUCAAUAAGAGAUGAUCCUUACUGGAUCUCUGGGGAGAACAGUGUAGAACUGAUAGAGCUAUCCAGUAUAAAUUAAGUUAGAUUUAAACUUCUAACGGCGUUUUCAUUUUGCAGAAGUAUCAAAGCACGUGAUCCGCUGUUUGACGACCACACCCAUGACACAAAGUUUCACGUGAUCAAGGAGAUGCACACGUGAUCAAGCAUCCAUGGCAAUUUCUUAACAGUCGAAUAUUCAGAUGGAAUUUGAUAUAAAAAAGAACUCGUUAUCAUAAUACGAGAGGAAAUGAGUUUCUGCUAUUACACGCAACAUAGUCAAAACAGUUGAACAUUAGUAAUCUUUUAAUAGGUUUUUUCUGUGUGAAAAAUUUGUUCAAAUUUUAAAGAAAUAUAUUGAUGAGACUCAUUUUUCAUUGUAUUUCAAAAUAAUAAAAACGUGUUAGUAGCUAGUAUUUUCUUGGGAUUUUCAUAAAAGUAAAAAUCCGAUCAUUUUAGUUAAAGGAUAUUGGCAAUAAAAAAUUAGUUUAUCUCAUUCAAAAUAACUCAUAAAAUUAUAUAUUAAACUCUAUAUAACCAAUUUGUCAUAUAUUGCUUAGUUCUCGAAAUAUUUAGACCGAAAUUAAUGAGCUGUCCGCCAUCUUGGACUAAUUCUUGACCUCAUUAACUAUGGUUUUGAUGACGUCAGGAGUUGGGUUAACCAGAUAAAACUACUCUAAAAUGACCG